UAAAACCUAAAAGAGAAAAUACACACCCACACACCUUCAAUCGAAGCGCCCGUUGAAGAAUUGUGGGAAGGAGGAAUUGAAUAUGGUGGUAUGAAAGGGAAAUUAUUUUUGCCAAGAAUUUCAUCAUAUUACAGACCAGACAGGGCAGCUGUGUUGUGACAUCAGCCGCAGAAAGAUGCCUAAGAAGAAAUGGGGGGACAACCCGAAGGCCCUGGAGGCACGGACCCGCAAGGAGAGCAAGAAGCGAGAGGAACAGGAGAGGGUGGAGAAGGCCAAGGAUGACGCAUUUUGGGCAGACGAUGAUAAACAUCUCAAGAGGAAGCAGCAGAGGAAGGCUGACAAGGAGUCCAAGAAGCAUGAGCAGCAGGAGAAGAAGCUGGAGAAGCAGAGGCUGCUUGAGGAGGAGAUGGCCCAGCUGAAGGGUCCUACACAGGCUGCCAAGGUGACGGGAGGGGGGAAGGUCACCCAGGCACAGAUCCAGGCCCAGCUGGAGAGGUUGAGACAACAGGCACAGCAGAAAGCCAAGCGUCCGGAACAGGAGGAAGCACCGCUGGAAGAAAACGUGAAUAAACUAAUCGCUGAUCAGCUGGCAGCAGAGGGAGCUGUAGAGGCUCGGUCUGUGGAGGAGGCCAUCUCUGUGCUAAGUGUGAAGGAGGCAGCUUUAGACAAGCACCCGGAGCGGCGCAUGAAGGCCGCCUACAACAAGUACGAGGAGGAGAACCUGCCCCGGCUGAAGCAGGAGAACCCCAACAUGCGCCUGUCCCAGCUCAAACAGAUGCUCAAGAAGGACUGGAUGAAGUCGCCCGAGAACCCCAUGAACCAGAGAAAUCUAGCUUUCAAUGCUAAGUCAUAGCAGGCAGCAUGUGUAUUUGGAGAACAUGACAUUGUGUGGAUUGAAGAAUUCAGUGGCCGUGGAAUUCAUUUGUUCUAGUGGUGAAUUAAAGUGAAAGGACUUUGUCAGAUUUAGUGAUG